AUGAAUCUUCCAGAACCAGAGUAUGACCUGAAUCGUCACCGUUCGUCCGCCACCAUCACCAGCGGUUUUGUGGCUCCUGGCGAUAUCACCAACUACAGCACCAUGGCCGUCGCUUCCAAACUCAAUCAGCUUUCGUUGGAAGUAAGCGUACAACAUGGUACGCAACAGAUUCGCCUCUUAGAAGGCAGAAUCGAACGACGGGCGCCAACAGAACUGAAAUGCCCCGUGGGUAUUUUUCUCUUGAGUCCCGAGGGAACCCAAGCGUUGGUUUCUGGUAACCUCUUACGCUCAUGUGUGGAUUUUAUUGAGUUGUGUGAAGAGGAGUGGGAUAUCACAGAAUGCUACAUCAUGGUUCCAAAACAGGUAAGCGAAGCCCAGCCGGUGGUGAAGUUUUUGAAUCGGAGCCUCGAUAUGGCAUUUGUCGACGAGAGAAAGAGCAUCCCUCAAUUGGAUGGUUUUGAUACCUUGGAUUGGUAUGUGUGUAAAUGUGAUCUAUGA